UUUCACAGAGAGGGAUUACUGCUCACAGACUUCACAAUACAUUGCAAAAUCUUCUACAGGGAACUUGAGACCUGUUCCUCCGCUGUUAUGGCAACUUCUAUACUGUACGUGGCGGUUGCUACCCUGUGCCUCUCCCACUUGUUCGUAACGGCCCUGGGUCUGGUGCACCAUUACAGCGACUUCCUGCCGCCGGCUACAAGCUGGUUCAGCCUGUGGCAGCCGAAGUCGAACAACCAGCUUCUCCUGUACGUGCCGAAACCCGCUACUCACAGCCGGUACCAGCACAGCAGGGCACUGUCCGGACACAAGCACUUCGGCUACGCGAGGCAUAACGGUCCCGACGUGUGGCCUUUAGAAUACCCACAGUGCAGUGGGGCACGACAGUCACCCAUCAACCUGGAGGCGGAUGACAUGUACCGGCUGGUGGUGUCGAAGCAGCUCCGUUGGCAUGGAUACAGGACUCGUCCCCACAGCCUCACCCUCACAAACAACAGACACACAAUUCAAGUGUCGGGCAAGUGGAAAAUGACGCCAUCCAUAUCAGGUGGACCCCUCGAGGGUGAAUACACUUUUUCUCAACUGCACUUCCACUGGGGUUCCAGUGACACGAUCGGCAGUGAACACACAGUUCGCAAUGUCAGCUUUCCUAUGGAGAUGCACUUGGUACACUUCAAGAAAUCGUACGGGAGCCAAGACGAAGCACUCAAGCACGAAGACGGCCUGGCAGUGGUCUCCUUUCUCUUCAAGCUGAGUGAGCGGCCAAACCCGGCCCUGAAUGUCAUCGUCCCUUUCCUGGAUGCGGUCGUGGGCGCCGAGUUGGAAGUGACCCUGACGCCACCCUUCCCACUACAGAUGCUGGACGUCUCAUUCCCAUCGGAGUACGUGACAUACUUGGGUUCCCUCACAACCCCACCGUGCAGCGAGGUGGUCACUUGGAUCGUGUCGUCAAGCCCGCUGCUUCUGUCUCCUGGCCAGCUCGCCAAGUUCAGACUCCUAGGUUCGGCAGACAGCAACAUGGAGAACAACUUCAGACCUGUGCAACCCACCAAUGGACGACCUGUGUUCUAUGUCAGCUGAGACAGCCAAACGUUAUUUUCUGUUCUAAUUUAUUUAUGCACACAUUUUGUAAGUAACUAUUCAGUCAACAGGAAAUUAUCCUGGCCCUGAAACAUGAUAAUGGUAUCAUACUCCAUAUCUUGAAUAAUUUGAAGUAAAUUUUAUAACACUUGUAGACUGAUAUUUAAUUUUAAACUAUUCAGGCUUUAUUUUAGUCAUUUCCGAAACCCUAUAAUCAAACAUUCACUUGAAUGGGAGAAGCUACAUAUGUCUGUUCCAUUCUUAGAAGGAUAUCGGAGUUGGCGUGGCAGUAAUGGUAUCUAAUAUUAUCAACGUGCACAAAACAACCUCCUAUACACUUUCAUGCUCACUCUUCUCAUGUAGUUAGGUAAUCUAAAUGUAUCAAAUUUAAGUAUGGGUUAUCUCAGAACGUGAAGCCACGUAAUAAUUACCACAUGCAUGUCAUGAGUUGCAUAGAUGGUUUUGUGCAAUCGUAAGGAAAUUAACAAAUUAUAUCAACAACUGAAAACUUGAAUGUGUUCAUAUUUUGUUCAUAUAUAGAUGAUAUUUAUAAGUUAUGACUUAUAUCAG